AUUUUAGAUAUUUUUUUAAGAACACUGGUUAUAUUGCUAUAUCAAAUCUAUGUUUAGCUAGAAAAAAUAGUUUGCAUUUGGAAAACAAGCUUGUUUAUAAACUGCUUACCCACAAUUCCUUUUCCUCUUCCCUAGCUCAAACGCCGCCAUGAAGGUCGAGCUGUGCAGUUUUAGUGGAUAUAAAAUUUAUCCCGGCCAUGGCCGGCGGUACGCCAGGAUCGACGGAAAGGUUUUCCAGUUCCUGAAUGCUAAAUGUGAGUCUGCUUUCCUGUCCAAGAGGAACCCCAGACAGAUCAACUGGACCGUUCUGUACCGGCGUAAACACAAGAAGGGCCAGUCUGAAGAGGUGGCUAAGAAACGCUCCCGUCGUGCAGUGAAAUUCCAGCGGGCCAUCACUGGUGCCUCACUGGCUGAGAUUCUGGCCAAGAGGAACCAGAAGCCUGAAGUGCGUAAAGCACAGAGGGAGCAGGCCAUCAGAGCUGCAAAGGAGGCCAAGAAAGCGAAGCAGGCAACUAAGAAACAACCCACCCAGAGCGCCAAGGCCCCUGUUAAAGCUGCAUCCAAACAGAAAAUUGCCAAGCCCAUGAAGGUCAGCGCUCCUCGUGUUGGUGGCAAGCGCUAAAUUCAUGUUUUGGUGUUUUGUGUAUUAAUAAAAGUUUCACUAUCAACCUUGA